AUGCACUGGGACGUCAUUCCGAGACCCUGGGAGGGCCUCGGAUAUGUGCUACACCAGAGCUUAGUGGUUCUUCGUUUCUGCAUAUUUCGAUCAAAUAGAUAUUUACAGUAUGCAACAGAAGAGUUCAUUGCGAAAACGUGCUGCCGACUGGAAAAAGGACCUGUUACGGAAAAUGACUUGCGAGAGAUCCACAGAGACUUGGUGAACUGCUGUAACUGUACCGAAAGGGAACUCGAAAAACAACAGCGAAUAAGAACAGAGCAACUGAACGAGAUAUGCCAAGUGAACUGUCCCGCAAAAAUCAGCGAGCUGACCGAUCAUGUCGAAAAGGCACGUUUGAGAGAGAACGAACUAGCUGAAAGAGUGGCAAGAUGGGUAGAGUAUUUGAAAGAAGAGAAGCAAAAGAUGCUUGCACGGGGAUCCCGCCUGUGCGCCACUGGGGCGCUCUCAGCGAUCAUUUCCGAUGACAUCGAAUACAACAUUAGCAUGCUCAUGCAGAUGCGAGCACGUAUGCAUAAGAAACUAGGCGAAUGGGACGCGAGAUGUGAUGAGUAUUGUGAAAUGAACAUGCGAAUGGAAAUCACACGCCAACAGCUCCUGGAGCGAAUCAAAGAACAGCAACAGAGGGAAACCACUGCGAAGGCGGGUAUUCAUUUCUUUGAACCUGUAGAGAAGGUUCAUAAAAACUAA